AUGGAAGACAACCCCCCAACAGUCAUGGAUACCACCUCGACUGCCAAUCCUGAAUCCAUCUUGCCGGAACUCCUAUUAAGAAGACAGCAGCGGUUAGCAAGCUCAGCAAUCCAACGAAAUCUACUCCUUGAAGCGGCAGAAGUCCUUGCCGAUGACACUAAUUACGAAGACUACUUCCCACCUCAUGGAGGAUCGAAACCUGGAAAGAAGCCAAAUCUCCCUUGCCAAUUUGAGUUCAGCUAUAACCAACUCUACAAUCACUAUUUUUCCGAUACACCCCUCUACAACGAAAACUUAUUAAGAUGA